GAGAGCCGGAACAACGCGGAACAAAACUAAACUAUCUGCCGUUCGAAUUGCGAUCCGCGCGAAAUUCUCCCACGCUUUUAUUUCCCCACACGAAAUGUGGUUCGGUGCGCGUCUGCCGGUGCCGCUGUCGUUGUCGCUGUCGUUGUCGUUGUCGUUGUCGCUGUCGUUGUCGUUCUUCCCGUCGCUGUCAUUUGCCGGCUUCUGGCAGCCUUCGCCAAAGUUCUGAGCGAGUGAAAGUUUCUGUGCAUCGCAUCUGUCGUGUGGCAACUUCGGUUCCCCGUUACUUUUGCAUUUGCGUGCUUAAUUUGAUAAGGAACUAAGGAAAAGGAUUUUGAGAGCCAUGUCAGAGCCACACUGGCCACCACGCCCCCGCAAACGCCUCCGCCAAUGCCUACGCCCACAGGCCAGUGUCCGCGUCCGUGUCCGUGUCCGUGCUCGGCACCUGGCCACACUGCUGAUUAUAAAUGCCGCAGUUACCAUGCUGAUGACAGCCACGCCCGCUCUCGCCGAGAUUCCCUCAAAGGGCAAACACACGCGUCUGGAUACCCAGCAGACGGCACAGGAAGACGCGGACUUUCCGCGAUUCGCCGAGCCCAUUGCCAAUGUCACCGUCUCGAUUGGCCGCGACGCCCUGCUGGCCUGUGUCGUGGAGAACCUCAAGGGCUACAAGGUGGCCUGGGUGCGUGUGGACACCCAGACGAUCCUGUCCAUACACCACAAUGUCAUAUCGCAGAACAGCCGCAUUAGCCUCACCUACAACGACCAUCGAUCGUGGUACCUGCACAUCAAGGAGGUGGAGGAAACGGAUCGCGGCUGGUACAUGUGCCAGGUCAACACGGAUCCCAUGCGUUCCAGGAAGGGCUAUCUCCAGGUGGUGGUUCCCCCAAUGAUUGUCGAGGGCAUGACCAGCAACGACAUGGUGGUGCGCGAGGGGCAGAAUGUCUCGCUGAUGUGCAAGGCACGCGGCUACCCCGAACCCUAUGUUAUGUGGCGCCGCGAGGACGGCGAGGAGAUGCUAAUUGGCGGGGAGCACGUGAACGUGGUCGAUGGCGAGCUGCUGCACAUCACCAAGGUGAGCCGCCUCCACAUGGCCGCAUAUCUGUGCGUUGCAUCCAACGGAGUGCCGCCCUCGAUUAGCAAGCGGGUCCACCUGCGAGUGCAAUUUCCGCCCAUGCUCUCCAUACCCAAUCAGCUUGAGGGCGCCUAUGUCGGCCAAGAUGUCAUACUGGAGUGCCACACGGAGGCCUAUCCGGCAUCGAUCAACUACUGGACGACGGAGCGUGGCGACAUGAUCAUAUCGGACACAUCGCGGGCCGGCGAUAAAUACGAGACCACAUCCACAGUCAGCGGUUACACGAAAUACAUGAAGUUAAAAAUCCGCGCCGUCGGACCCAACGAUUUUGGCACCUAUCGCUGCGUGGCGAAAAACUCCCUGGGCGAGACCGAUGGCAACAUCAAGCUGGAUGAAAUGCCCACACCAACAACGGCUAUUAUUUCCGAGAUGGCCAUGCUGAAUCGCAGCUAUGAUGGCAAGAGACGUCAUAGAAAUAAAUUUGACGCGGCUAACGCUUUGCCUGAUUAUGGGGUUGAGGAGUGGCGUGACGGUGCACAAGGCAACCAUGCUGGGAACAAUGGCGAUAACAAUCAAACGCCCGUGCGUAAUCCGCCUGGAGCAUUUCACAAUUCUGCAGGCUCACUGGCGCAGCAUAAUCUACUUGGUAAAAUAAUGCGCGGCAUUAAAACGCAAUCAUUGGGGAUUUUCAAACGUUUAUCGAGUUCCUUGCCAGCGGCGCUCUGGCUGUCGACGUUAUCGUUAUCAUCGCCGACUCGGUGGCGUAUGAGUAAUAUGAAAAACCAGCCGCACACACAGGAGACUGUUGUCAACGGCGAGCCAGCAGCUGGUUGCUGGGAGAGCAGCACGAACAGCAACACGACCAUCGGGAGCAGGAGCACAACCACCAUCAACAGCCUACCAUUUUGGGCGUGGCAAUUGCGCAUAUUUCACAUUGCUCAUACGCCGUGUGUUGCGUCAACGCAGUAUUCGAAAUGCCAACGGCAAUGGCAGUGGAAGAGGCAGUGGCAGUGGCAAAGGCAAUGGCAAAGGCAAUGGCCACUGCUCAUUUGCAUAGUAAUAUUGGCUGGCAGCUUUGUUGUGCUCCUCCCGAUGCUGCUGCAUUUUAUCGGCCGCCACAUCGCCACAUUUUCUAUUAGCACGGCGCAUAGGCAACAUUUAAUGCUUACAUUUUGGGCAGGCGCUGGUAAUAAGGUUGUCGCCAUACACGCCGCAGCGACAAGAGCAACAAAGCCAACAGCAACAACAACAACAACAGCCACAUCCGCAGCCAGGCCAAAUACAUUUGCAAUGCCCUGCCUUCGAAAGUUUUCAAGAUGAAAUCAAAUAAUUGCAAAAGCAAAAAGAAACUCAUUUGGGGCACAAGAGCAGCUUGAAAAAUAAAAUCAAACCAGCAAGACGUGGACGUGGACGUGGACGCAGGGAAGGACGUGAGCUCGUAGACAAGGAAUGGAAAAGGCAGCACUGACAGCUGCAGUUCGUGGUAUACAUACAUACACACAGAUACAGAUGCAGAUACAGAUACAGAUACAAAUACAAAUACAUUAGAUAUAGAUAUGUUUAUGUUAGAGCGUAAAAUGAAAAUCAUGUUGAAUGUCAUACGGGCUUUGAGUUGAUUGACAAUUGAUUGAGUAAAAACUGCAACUCCAUUUUCAGUGUGUCUGGGUAUAAUUGCGGAUAAGUAAUUAUCGGGAUGCGCAGAGAACAGCUCACAGCAUCUGUCUGAAAGACAUACUCGUAUAUGUAUGUAUAUCUGUUUAUCAAUAUUAUUAAGGUCAAGCCGUAUCUGAUUAGUUGGUAAAAUAUUAAGGCCCAAGCUCAAUUUGUGUUCUUCAAUUAAAAAUUAGUUGUUUUUGUGAUUAACUUCUUGAUA